AUGUUCCGGAUCCUGCAGACACUGGAGAGGGAGCCCCAGGAGGAGACACCCAACCAGCUCUUCGACACGUCACCUGCUCCCGGCAAGACACCUUUCGACACAUCAGGCCUAAUAAAACGAGAAAACCCACACAAGUACCUGCUGUACAAACCCACCAUCAGCCAACUCCUCACCUUCCUGGCAUCCGGCUUCAAGGAACUGCCUGGCAAUGGUGUCAUGCUGCUCUACCUCUCUGCUGAUGGCUGCUUUGGCUCCAAUCGAAGAGUUGAAGAUGUUGCCUACGAUGUUGGUGGUGUGGUGACGAAUAGUCGAAGAGAGCCGGAUCAUCCAUCGAGAAACAGGAGGUCUGGCAACCUCAAAGAGAUGCACUGGUUG